AGGAGCCCAAACUUUCCAGUAGCACCACAGGCGGCUGCUGCACAAAGACAAACGGAAAGAGGGACAGCUCGAUAAAUAAAAAUUAAAAGAGAAGAUAAAAUUGCUAGCUAAACUUUCUUUAAAUAUUUACAGUUUAGAUAACUCAGUGCAUUUUUAUUGUGAAGUUUAAUAUUUGUAUUUUUAUUGAAGAGGGCCCUUUGUGUUAAAAAAAAGAAGAAAGAAAUAGAGAAAAUGAUGAGUCUGCUGUGCAUCACAAUAAUCUCCCUGACCCUGGCUGGCAGCGCGUACAGCCAAGUGACAAGCCCUCCCUCAUCACCAUCAGUCAAGGUUUUUGCUGAUCUUGGCAGCAAUGUCACGCUGCCCUGCAAGCUCCAGAGCUCAGACACCACAUCCUUUGGCAACAUCGGUAUCCGAGUGAGGUGGACCAAAGUGGCUGAAGAUGAAUCACUGAAUGAGGAUGUGCUGGUUUCAAUGGGAUUCCACAAGAAGACCUACGGAAGCUUCGAGGACCGUGUCUUCCUGCAGGAGCUUGACAGUGACGAUGCCUCCCUAAUAAUAACCGAAGUCUCCAAGGAAGACAUGGGAAAAUACCACUGUGAGAUCAUCAAUGGGGUGGAAGACACGGUGCAGGAGAUCAUCUUGGAGGUGCAAGGUGGUGCCAUUGAUGGUGUGGUAUUCCCGUACUCCCCUCAUGUGGGCCGCUACAACCUCAACUUCCAAGACGCCAUGCAGGCCUGUGCAGACCAGGGUGCUGUGGGUGCCACCUUUGACCAGCUGUUUGAGGCCUGGAAGGGUGGUCUGGACUGGUGCAAUGCUGGCUGGCUGAGCGAUGGCACUGUGCAGUAUCCCAUCACCAAACCUAGAGCUCCUUGUGGUGGUACCAACAGCGGGCCUGGCCUCAGAAGCUAUGGACGUCAAAACAGGAUGAGCCGCUAUGAUGUGUUCUGCUAUGCUCCGGCCCUCAAGGGACGUUUGUAUUGGCUGGUCCAGCCCGAUAGGCUGACCUUCGACGAGGCUGUGCAGGCAUGCUUAAAUGACGGCGCUGAGAUUGCCAAGGUGGGCCACAUGUACUCCGCCUGGAAGGUUGAGGGCUACGAUCGCUGCGACGCCGGCUGGUUGGCUGAUGGAAGUGUCCGCUACCCCAUCUCCAGGCCCCGCAAGAACUGCAGCCCCACAGAAGCUGCAGUGCGUUUAGUUGGAUUCCCUGACAAGAGCCAAAAGUCUUAUGGCGUCUACUGCUACAAGGCUGAUCAGUGAGGGGAGGUAGAUAGAAGCAGGGAAGCCAUAACCACCAAAGAGCAGCAACAACCACAACCAGUUAAAUCAACAAUGAAGCAGAUAAGCUUUGGAUCUUAACUAGCAUGAACUCAAUACCUUUCUGAAGCUGUGAUAACCCUUAAGCAGAUACUGUACAUUUUAUGCCCAUAUGUAAUGAAAGGCAAAAUAGUUUGUAGCCGUUCAUUUUUGUUUUUCUCUAGCUGUGCAUUCAUUGAUUUUACACGGGCUGUUGGGUAAAGGGCAACAGUGUUAAAAUGACUGAUGAGACAGAGACAAGAACUUAAUGGUCAACAUCAUCUAAGUUUAGUUUGUCUUCCACAGAAUGUAAAGACGCGUGAAGUUCAAGAUUUCGAGCAAAAAUGCUCCUGUGCGGAUGAUACGUGCUGCUUUAAAAUUUCUCUAAAAGAAAACAACGUGUUAUUUUAUUUCCUCAGUUUUCACAUCAAUUAAAAUAAUAAAUAAAUGGAUGACAAAAUCAUGAACAUAACUUGACUGUCGCUGUUGAGCUACGGAUAAAUACAUGUCAUACUGCAGUAAGUAAUAGGUUGGAUCCAUCUCUAAUCCGAAUUGAAUCUCUUUUUCUUCAACUUCUGAAAACGCAGAAAGGUUUUUUAUAACCAGAGGAGUUGUGAUCAAAUUAACUGCCAAGAAACUGAAUGUAAAUGUCUUAAUCUGUGACCUUUUCUGCUGAGAAAUCUCCUAUUAGAUCAACUCCCAGUUACAAUCUGAAAAGCAUUUUUACUAUUAUAACCUUGAGCAAUGUGUUGGUUUGUUCUAACAAAACAUUUCUUUUUUUUUUUUACUUCAUAAUGAUGGUUUAACGAUAGAUCUUUACACAUCCAUGGUGUUUUUAAAGCAAAAGUACCGAUUUUGUCUAAUACUUGCAGCUUUUUUGUAAAAUGUAGUUUUUAUACAAUUUAUACUGACUCAUACAAGCAGGAUUUCAACUGAAUAGUAAAUUCCUGAAACAAAAUGUACCCCUGAUGGCAAGAAAUAUAAUAUUACAGCAGUCACAGUACAACUAUCACAUGUUUGGAUGCUAAUCCACCCCGACAGCUGACAGUUUCACAUAUUUUUCUUGCGGUUAUGAGCUGUAAUAUGUCCACUGGUAUUCUUUUUUUUUUUUAAGAACUGAUUAAUACUAAUGAUCACUUAAGCUCCUACACCAGUUCAUUGAUAGUCAUGCUGUAGUGACUGCACCUCAAAAUGUGUCCCUAAAUGUUUUCUGUGGACCACAAUGGCCAUGUUUUUGACAUACAGAGCUGGUAAUUUCAAAAUGUGCCACAACCAGUAGAUAGAACAAUUUAUAGGUACCAAUUACAAAAAUAUUUUGAAAUUUUGUGUUUUUUCUACGUUAUUUUGGAUAUUUGUUGUUGUUGUUUUGUUUUUUUUUAACUUUUUCUAACCCUGGGCACUGACAUGUGGUACUUACUGCAGAUUACAUGUGGUAAUAUGGCAUCAUUUGUAAAAGCAAAACUUGAUGUCUGUCAAACUCAUGUAUUUGUUCACAUUCGCGCAUGAAAUACAGAUUAACGUAUUUUUGUAUCUUAUCGCCAUGUACCUUUUUCAACAAAGCAGUUUGAAAUAAAGAAUAUGACUUUCAAAUCAAA